AUGUGGCGAGACCGCACGAAUCUCUAUAUCUCGUACCGGCAGUCCUACGCCCACCACCCGACGCAGCGCAACCGGUAUGGACCAUCCACCACGGGCGACCGCUUCGGCGGAAGCGGCGCAAGCACUGGUGUCUUAUUCUCAGCGGACGAGGAUCGGCGGGGCCUUUUAUCCUCAGGCGCCUAUGAUGUGGACGAUGGCGAUGCCGUAAUCGAGAUGGACUUGCUUCCCCCCCGAUGGGCCGACGUGUCAGAUGAGGUGACGGAGUUGCUGGCGGAUAUUGCGAGCAAGAGUCAGAAGUUGGAGCGGCUACAUCAAAAACACGUUUUACCGGGAUUCAAUGACGAAGAGACCAAGAAGGCCGAGGAGGGUGAGAUUGAACGGUUGACACAGGGCAUCACCCGCGGGUUUCAUGAGUGUGGCCGAUGCAUACAGCGCAUCGAACAAAUGGUGCGUGAGGGCAAGGCGAAGGGUCAGAUGAGCCGCGCAGACGAAACUAUGGCGAAAAACAUCAAGGUCAACCUUGCAGCGAGGGUUCAGGAGGCGAGCGCCGGGUUCCGCAAGAAGCAGAGCACAUAUCUCAAGAGUAGGGCAGCAUGCGCAGAUGACAGGACUUAUUCGCAGUCAAUGCUCCAGACAACCACUCACCAAAAACUCCUCCAUUCCAACGAUGCCGUCAUAUCGCAGCGCGAAAAGGAAAUCGAGGAAAUUGCUCAAGGCAUUAUCGAACUGGCCGACCUUUUCCGCGACAUGCAAGCUAUAGUCAUUGAUCAAGGGACUAUGCUGGACCGGAUCGAUUACAACGUGGAGUCUAUGGCGACUCAUGUGAAAGAUGCCGCGAAGGAGCUCAAAACAGCGGAGGGGUACCAGAAGAAGACGACGAAACGAAAGAUCAUCUUCCUCCUGCUACUCAUUAUCGCCGCCAUGAUAAUAUUGCUGGUUAUCAAGCCGAAAAAGCACGGUGCGGCCAACGACGAUGAGAGCAAGGGAUGCCCGGUUGCCGUCGUGCCAGGGUUGGAGCUCGAAAAUAUCUUGGCACCGGACCACAAAAGACAUGCUGAGUCAACCCUGAGAAUUGACCAAUCUGAAUUGGGCAAGCAACCCACUCGUCAUGCACUCGAUGGUUCCCAGCUCGGGCCAGAGCUCGCCUUGCAAGCAACACACCCGAUCAAUCACCACCUCGGUCACCCCGCGAACACCAGCAACCGCCCCGACGACCACAAUCCAACUCCCCACUCAUUCAAGAUGGCGUUCAUGGACUCCCAGAACAAGGUGCACCAGUACCAAAAGUCGUACCAGAAGGCGUACAAGGCCCACACGCGCAUCUGGCGGAUCAACCCUCGUAGCGGCAUGAUGUUGACCCCGUUCACCAUUGUCCUUUGGGGAACCACCGCCGGUAUGGAUCACCACGGCCCUGCCUUGGGGAUGCUAGAGUUUUGGGAUGGGCCGGGAAAUAGAAGCGGCAACGGAGCCUGCGUGGGGGUAUUCACGACGAACCUGAACAAUUCGAGGUGCGCCUGA